UCGCCAUGGGUCUCACGCUGUCCUGCGACCGCCGCCCGGUCUUCUACUUCAUUGGUGACUCCAUCACCGAGCACGGCAGCGAUCCGGGCAAGUCCGGCUUCAUCACGAUCUUGCAGAACCACUACGUUCGCUCUGUUGACUGUGUUAACCGAGGGCUCUCGGGCUACAACACCAAGUGGGUGCUGGAGCAGGCUAUGCCAAUAUACUCCAAGGAGCUGCAGUCCGAGUACUCGGCGUCCUUCGUCACGAUCUUCCUGGGCGCCAACGACGCUGUACUUGAGCACGGACCCUCCAAAGCACAGUUUGUAUCGCUAAAGGACUACCGAGCUAAUCUCCAGAAGACCCUUCACAUCGUACGGCCGCUACUGGCCCCGCAUGGGCAGGUACUACUGAUCACUCCACCGUGUAUCAUUGACUCGCUGCACCACGGAGAUCGCUCCAACGCUUCCGCUGGGAAAUAUGCCAAAGUGUGCGUCGAAUUGGCCGCAGCCGAGAACGUCCAUGUGCUGGACUUGCACACGUACUUCAACACGACGUUCCCGGACGAAAACGUCCGUAAAGCCUACUUUGUGGACGGCCUGCAUUUCUCCGAGAAGGGCAACAAAGAAGUCGGCAAAUUACUGGGUGUGGCCAUCAACGGAAUGUUUGACAAGGAAGAUCUCGACAGAUUCAACAAGUGGCAACUACCAGAUUGGCACGACUUGGUGCCCCACCAGGAUGGCGCGCAGGAAUGCGAGGAAACGGCUUGACAUUACACAGAGAGAUGUUCCGCAAUGGCUAAAGCCCAGUGA